ACCUCAGCUCUUCUCUGUCAAUAAGCCCUCGUGUAUUUCGCCAACCCCUUUCGUCCUUCCCCUUUCUCUGUCUCUCUGUUUCUUUCUUUGCUUUGAGGAAAUCUCAAGAGAAGAAAUGGGAGAGGAGAAGCCUAAGACGUCACCUCCCACCGGUGUAUGGCCUACCGUUAAGCCGUUCGUCAAUGGAGGUGCCUCUGGUAUGCUUGCUACCUGUGUCAUCCAGCCCAUCGACAUGAUUAAGGUGAGAAUCCAGUUGGGUGAGGGAUCAGCUGCUGAAGUUACUAAGAAAAUGCUUAAGAAUGAGGGUGUUGGUGCCUUUUAUAAGGGUUUGAGUGCUGGGUUGCUUAGACAAGCCACAUACACAACUGCCAGACUUGGAUCUUUCAGGAUUUUGACUAACAAAGCACUUGAGGCAAAUGAUGGCAAGCCUUUACCUCUUUAUCAGAAAGCUUUGUGCGGUCUGACAGCCGGAGCAAUUGGAGCAUGUGUUGGCAGUCCUGCAGACUUGUCACUCAUUCGUAUGCAAGCUGACGCUACGUUACCUGCAGCCCAGAGGCGCAAUUACAAAAAUGCAUUUCAUGCACUUUAUCGUAUUACUUCCGAUGAAGGAGUUUUGGCACUCUGGAAAGGUGCUGGCCCUACUGUUGUGAGGGCUAUGGCACUUAACAUGGGAAUGCUUGCCUCGUACGAUCAAAGUGUUGAGUUCUUUAGGGAUUCCCUUGGUUUUGGCGAGGCUGCUACUGUUGUAGGGGCCAGCACUGUUUCUGGAUUUUUUGCUUCAGCUUGCAGUUUACCAUUUGAUUAUGUGAAAACUCAAAUACAGAAGAUGCAACCAGAUGCUGAAGGAAAGCUGCCAUACACUGGUUCUUUAGAUUGUGUCUUGAAAACCCUCAAGUCUGGUGGGCCUUUCAAAUUUUACACUGGAUUUCCAGUGUACUGUGUUAGAAUUGCCCCCCAUGUUAUGAUGACAUGGAUAUUCCUCAACCAAAUUCAGAAAGUGGAGAAAUCUAUCGGGCUAUAGUUUUAAUGCGGCGGGAAUAGAGAAAUAUCUGUGGGAAUUGAGUUCUAUGUCACAAUAAUAUUCAACUUUGUGGUUUAUUUAUUAGCUGCUGGUUUUUGGUAAACUUUGACAUCCUUAAGCUCGGAAGGGAUGAUCAAGAAACUAUUUUUGAAAAGCAGCAGACUGACAUAAUUGUUGUACCAAGCUGGAUCACAAACUUUAGAAUUAGGCAUUUGAUGAUGAUGGGGUUUCAAACAUCUUGCUUAGCGCAUAUAUAUUGAGGUUCACUGAAUUUGAGAUGCUGGAAAUAUUGUUUCAAAUAAUACAUGUACUAUGACUAAAGACUGCCGCAUCAUAACCGGCUUCUUUUUGCUCUUGCUUAAAUUUCUGCAAGUUUAUCUUCUUCA